CGACCUUAUCUAAUGGCAAACCAUUUUUUAAAAUAGAUAUUACAAGUUCAUCAAAUCACAACAUUACAAUGAUGAUACAAAAAAAAUACGUAGAUAUUUAAACGUAGCGCCAAGUAUGAUUAAUCCGAAAUGACGGUCUCAUAUGAUCAACAAAAAACUCCUUUAAAAGAUAAGCGUUAAUAAAUUGUUAUCACAGAUAAAGUAACAGUAUUACAGUACUUUUGGGGCGAUACUCAGUAAUCAGUACCUAAGUUUGUACAGAAUGAUUCUCAUGUACAUAAGUUCAGUGACUAAACGAGACAAGAAAAAUCUAAUAAUCUAAAAAAGAGUUCAUAUUCGUCUAAACAAAACGUUUGUAUCUGUAUGUAAGUUAACAGUGGUUGAUAAGAAAAUAUGGAAUCCAUAACACCAUCGGAGUUACAAAUUGUAGAAAAUGUGGUAAAACCAUACAAUACGGUUGAAUUAUAUGUGGGUCUGGGGUUGGCAAUCAGCUCUAGUGGAUUUAUAGGUGCUAGUUUUAUAAUUAAAAAAAAAGCAUUGAUAAGACUUCAAAAGUUCGGAGGACUGAGAGCUGGGUCUGGUGGUUUUGGAUACCUUAAAGAAUGGAUAUGGUGGGCAGGUCUUUUGUCUAUGGGAAUAGGAGAAGCUGCAAAUUUUGCAGCAUAUGCAUUUGCACCUGCAUCUUUGGUUACUCCAUUAGGAGCACUCAGUGUUUUAGUAGCAGCAAUGUUAGCUUCAUAUUACUUAGAUGAAAAGCUGAAUUUGUUGGGAAAAAUUGGUUGUGUUCUAUGUAUCCUGGGAUCAACAAUGAUAGUCCUUCAUUCCCCUAAAGAGGAGGAAAUUGAGAGUCUGGAUGUAUUACUAGCAAAACUAAGGGACCCAGGCGUUAUUAUUUAUAUUUUAAUCAUAAUAAUUAUUGCAGUAUUAAUCAUUUUUGAGUAUGGUCCUGUCUAUGGAAGACACCAUGUAGUAGUAUAUAUACUGUUGUGCUCAUCCAUAGGCUCCUUAACGGUAAUGAGUUGUAAAGGUCUUGGGUUAGCCUUAAAAGAGACCAUACAUGGUACCAAUGAAUUGGGAAAUUGGCUGACAUGGAUAUUCCUCUUCACAGUUAUCCUAUGCAUUACUAUUCAAAUGAACUAUUUGAACAAGUCAUUAGACUUAUUUAAUACUGGCAUAGUCACUCCAGUCUAUUACGUUUUCUUCACAACGUUUGUGAUAGUGGCCUCAGCAAUUCUCUUUCGUGAAUGGGAGCACAUGAAACCUGAUGAUAUAUUGGGAUCACUUUGUGGAUUUUUCACUGUCAUUAUUGCUAUUUUCAUGCUUAAUGCCUUUAAGGAUAUGGAUAUCAAAUACAGUGACAUUCAGGGUAUGCUCAGACCAAAACGAGAUCUUGUCACAAACUACAAUCCUACAUGGAACUCCCAAGACGAGGAAGGUUUAAUGACUAGAUCGGAAACUGAACAAGAACACAAUUAUGGAAGUCCUGGUAUUACUAGAAAUAAUCGCAUUUGACGAACUCAGGACAGAAUGGAAAAAUCCCAUUGAUCAAUGCAAUAGUUUAAACCCUCUUGUUCUCCCAGAGUAUGGCCUGCACAUUUUGUCAAAUCUGCUAUUCUUGAUAAGUGGAGAAUG